AUGUUCCAUGCUGGAGUUCCAACUGCUAACAAUGUCAGCCCUUAUACAUGCGUUUCCACGAACUCAUACAACACUUUGCCUCAUUUAGCCACUGAUCUGUCAAGAUAUUCAAAAGCUGGGCUUAGAAGGUUUGCUAGAUCUAUUUAUCAGUGGAGCUCGUCUAAGGUUGACGAUGACGGAGAAGAGAUAGACAAGCUGGAUCGGCAACAAUUGCAGCCUAAAUUCCAGACUCUUCAAACUGAGUUCUCAAAGUUAAAUUUCAGAGAAGAUAUGAAUAUAAAAACUGCACUAGCGAAAUGUAAUAGACAACCCGAUUCCUUCACAACAUUGAAGAAUUUUGAAAAGGUAUCUUCUCAUCCUUCAAGCCAAAAGAGAGUCAUAGUGAUUGUGAACAUUCCUGAGGGAACCGGCAUUUCGAGCAUUCUCGCACAAGUGUGCGGUGGUCCAAUGGAAAGAAUUAACUUCUACAGGGGAAGAGGCAACAGAAAUGCAAAUGUGGCUGAACUUUACUUCAUCUUCCCAGAGCAUGCCCGCAAGUUUCAUGAAUAUGCUACGACUACUCGAUUUUUCAUCGUAAACGGCUACGCUUUGCAAGUUGAAUGGGCGGAUCGAAGCAAUUCAGAGGAUUUGGAUGAAUUUCACCCGCAAGUACCUUCCUAUUUGGCUAAAGAGAUACUUCAUUGGGGAGCUAGGAGAUGUCUUGUCUUUUCCAAAGCUGUGCCAUCGAAGACUAUCAAAAACACCAAUCAGCUACACUAUCCUUCAGCCAAAUCCCAUUUCACGAAGGGACUAGACAUUUCGCAGAUAAGAAAAGAUCUAGUAGUCUUUGGCGAAAUUCUAGACAUUGGUCCUGUGAUCUCUAGGAAAGUAUGCUUCUCUGUCCAAUUUGCAGAUGUGAGAUCUGCAGUGGUUGCGAAAAAGGUCUGUGAGACCGUUGGAUCUCCACUAUACGACCAAUUUAAGGACUGGUCACUAUGGUAUGGUAAGGACCCAACUGACUUACCUUGUAUAGGAAAGUAA